GUCUCUGUCUCAACUGUACUUAGGCAGAUCCUCUCUCAAUCUCUAUCUUGAACAUGAGAGCCCAAUUCCGGGGAGUUCUCACCUUGGCGCUCAUGGUCGCCGUGUGCGCAUUGCUCUAUGUGCUCCUGUAUGGACAAAUCUCUGAUCAUAGCAUCGGCUAUUUUCAAAAACUACAACUAGCUCCUCGGGGAGGGCGUCUCUGCGAAACGAAUUGUCCUUGUAAAAAUACAACAGGAGAUGUUUUUACGGCUGGAUCCGGGUCUGCACACAAGGAGACCCCCAUGCUCCGGCUGCAAAAAAAGGACUUCAAGCAAUAUCCCAUCUGGGCUUCUGAGGAUGUUUAUGUCCGGGACAAGCAAAAGAGGCAGAUGACCUGUCCCCAGUCUCUGAGGAACUCCCAGAACACAGGCUUCAAGCAGGCCUUUAUACCAGACAUCCAGAUGUACCUCCACGGAGAACUACUCAACGUGUCAGAGUGGAACAGACUAGCCUACUUCAAUAACCCCUUUGGCUUUAUGGACUACACUAACUACACAGAGAUAAAGGCAGUGGUGGAUCUGAUUCCCAAGCCCAGAGAGCCCCUGCUCUUGCCACGGGGAAACCCUGGGUGUAUACGCUGUGCUGUGGUGGCAACAGGAGGAAUACUCAACGGCUCUAGGAUGGGCAAGGAGAUAGAUGCUCACGACUAUGUGUUCCGGAUGAAUGGUGCCGUAACCAAGGGUUACGAGGAGGAUGUAGGCAACAGAACCUCGGUCUACGUUCACACCGCCCACUCCAUCACCCAGUCUCUUCUCAUAUUCAAGAAAUACGGCUACAACAGUGCACCGCAUGACAAGGGUAUAAAGUAUGUGCUGAUUCCAGAGGGGCUGAGGGAUUUCCAGUGGCUAAAGGGUCUAUUGGGGAGGACAACUGUCUCUGAUGGACCCUACAGGAACAGACGACCGUGGAUGCAAUACUCAGGAGAGUUUGAUGAGAACCGCUUCUAUGUUCUUCACCCUGACUUCCUCAGAUACGCCCGUAACAGGUUCAUGUGGUCCCAGGCGCUGAAGGGUUCUUAUUGGGCUAUAUGCAGACCUACUAACGGAGCAUUCACACUCUUCCUGGCCCUGCACACCUGUGAUGUGGUGGAUGCGUAUGGAUUCAUCACUGAGGACCACAGUAAAUAUCCUAACUACUAUGCUGAGAGACACUCUAAAACCAGAGUCAUCUUCUACGCUAAUCACGACUACAACCUAGAGAUCAAGACCUGGAAGAAACUACAUGACACCAAGAUCAUCAGGCUUUAUCAGAGACAGGAGAGCCCAGAGAGAAAGACAGGAAAGCCAACAGAACCAUAAAACCCUGUCUGACUGCAGAGAUGAGCAAAGAUACAUUGACAUGUCAUGUAUCUUGUUACAAAAUAAACUAAAGACCAAUGCAUUUAUAUCAGAAUAAACAACAAAAUACUGGCGCCAAGAAAUGUAUUUAAUUCAAAAGCAUGUAUUAUCCAUCCCAUGCCAUCAGGGGCAACAGUGAAAGCUGUUACCUUCAAGUAGGUUUAAGUUUUUCUCGGGCGUUGUGGACGGGGAUGGCGAAUAGGUAUCUGCCUCAGGUGCCAAAGGUAGCACGCUCGAAUCCAGCAAGCCUAUCCCAAACCUUCACUCUUACCUUAACCAUUUGGAGUUCAUGCCUAACCUUACAAUUUCAGAGUUAAUGCCUAAACUUAAUUCUAACACUUACAAUUAAAAGUUAAUGCCUAAACUUAACCAUAAAUACUUAAAAAUUUGACUUUUGCAACAACUUUCAAAUUUGACGUUUGAGAAACAUGGACGAAUGUUUAUUUCUGACUUGAGACUGCGAGAGCUAGUUGACAAAUAGCCAAUAAUACUGGUGCCAAGUAAUGUAUUUAAUUAAAAUACAUGUAAAAUACAUUUGCAAGUAGCCCCUUUCUAUAUGGUUUGUGUUAACAUUGCUUUAAAGUAAUUUGUCAACAUAUUGUGACGUGGAAUCUACAUGGAAAAUACAUUGGAUUUGGAAAAAGUAAUCAACUGUUGUUUUGAGGGUGAAAUUUCAACCAUUGGGUUAUGUCUUCGUGGUAACCACAUUUCAACCAUUGGGUUAUGUCUUCGUGGUAACCACAUUUCAACCAUUGGGUUAUGUCUUCAUGGUAACCACAUUUCAACCAUUGGGUUAUGUCUUCGUGGUAACCACAUUUCAACCAUUGGGUUAUGUCUUCGUGGUAACCACAUUUCAACCAUUGGGUUAUGUCUUCAUGGUAACCACAUUUCAACCAUUGGGUUAUGUCUUCAUGGUAACCAAAUUUCAACAUACACAAACCUUGUAUAAAAUAUAUUGAAUGUGUACCUUUAACCCUCAUGGGAAUUGGCCUAUAUGGAUAGGGCUAAUGUACAGUAAAUGCUUCUUACAGAAGUAAAUGCUUCUUUGAUCAAUUAUUAAUUGAGAGACAAGCUGGCAUUAAAGCCAAACUAAGUUAGUGGCACAGAUGGAACUUUCGAAGCAGAAGAUAAAUCUCCUUCAAAUGUUGAUAUUUGAUAUUUGCGUUGACAAUCAAAGGAUUCAAUAGCACUUUUGAAAUACAAUAAAUAGCCUAUUAAGUUUUUGUUAAGUUAACAAAUUAUAUGUCAAAUUCACAUUUGCAAGUCAACCUAAAAUAAAUGUUAAUGAAUGCAAUUAAACGAUAUAAUCUCAACUGCAAUCCAGGUCAUUUGGUUGUGCUAUUAGAUGAAGCACAGAGAUAACACAUUAAUAUGUUGUAUGAAUAAACCAAAUAUCUGACAUUGUAUUCACAUUUGAACACUGCUGUGCUUUUAAAUGGUUGAAAGCGCAGUGAUAGAGAUUUAGGUGACUUAGCCAAAAAUUUAACAUUGUUUUUCCAUUUGAAAUUGGUUGUGCUUUUAGAUGGUUGAAAGCACAUUGGAAACUCAAUUAACUUUUCGCUGUCUUUUUGAGCGGGUGAAUAUAGUUUGUAAUCUCAUUGAUCAAUGUCUCAGCCAAAUAUUACCAAAUUAUCCAUUUUGAAAUUACGUGUUGUGCCCUUUGGGAAAUGUCACGUUUGAGGGAUGCACACGAAUGCUCACAGCUAAUAAACUAAAUGCUGAUAUCGGGACCUUGACAAAUUUAGCAGUGAGUAUGUGAACACCAUGAAAACACACAAGACUGAUGGCUAUGGCUAUGCUCAACAAGUAUAUUAUUAUUCUGGCUUUAUCUAGUUUUAUUUGUGAUAUUUUACCUUGCCUCACUGGCUUGCUAACUUCCUAGGUAAUCAAUCCUCCGAUGACAUCUGUGAUGUUGUAGACGAUAGCCACCGAGGGAAAGAUAGUUUCAAGUUGGAACUUUGACAGAUUUUCACUCUUUCAGACCUCAAUAGCUUUCAAACCACUUGAGCCACAGACUCCUAAUAAGUGUCAUGAUGUUGGAAAAAUUGUGCACAACAUUGCUCAGGUUUUAUUUUCACGAUUUGGACAUUAAUUCACUUUCCAAAGCUAAUAAACGUGUGGAAAUAUGAGCAGCAUUUUGUAUUCCAAGUUGAACUAGCUAGGGAGCAUAAACAAAGUACAAACUUCUUUACAUUCAAAUUUCCAUAGCUCCUUGGUCAUGUGACCUACUUGACUCAAACAAGGUUCAGAAUGUUCACUGACUACCCUUCUA